UCAGUCAUAUGACCAGACCGGGUCCAUUUCCUGGUACAGUCGGUAGCUGCAGUCUGGGUUCACCUGCAAGCGUCUCAAGCUCAAGUCGGCUACUCGCUGUGGUCAAGAACAACAAACCAUCCGGCCAACAUGAUCCACCGUGCAGUACUCUUCCUGGCCCUGGCCCUCGGACUAGGCACCCAGUUGACCAGUGCGACUGAGGUGUUGGUGAACAACACUGAAGGCAAGCUCUGUCUGUAUGCAAACCUGAAGGUGAACUUCUCCGUCGCCUACGAGGCCGUCGGAGACAAGAACGCCACGGCGGUGUUCUCCCUCCCUGACGCCGUGCUCACCAACGGGAGCUCCUGUGCCAACAGCAGCUCCACCCUGCGUCUCAGCUUCGGCCAGGGACACUCCUGGACCAUGACCUUCAGCAAGGGAGUGCAGAACUACCAGGCUGACUCCGUUAGCGUCGACCUCAACCUCGCCGACGCGGCCGUCUUCCCCAACGCCACGUCAAACGAGACGAUGAGUGUGACCGUGAACGUGAACGCCACGAACCUGUCGAAGGCCGACCUCGGAACCUGCUACUCCUGCAACAGCCAGGACGUGAUCCGGGAGGGCGGCGUGAGCCAGACCCUGUGGAGCGUUCUCAUCCAGGCGUUUGUGGCCAACGGCAGCAAGAGCCAAGAAAUUACGUCAUGCGCCGCUGACGUGCCGAUCACGCCCAGUCCCGCCCCCACCAACGCCUCCACCGCAGCACCCACCACCGCCGUAGCACCCACCACCCCCAUCCCGACCCCCACGCUCCCAACACCCACCACCGGGAAGUACCAUGUCACCACGGGGGUCAACAGCACGGCUUGUCUCAUGGCCGACUUCGGCCUGAGCAUCGGAUUCAAGAUUCAAGGACAGCUCCAGAAGAUGAACCUGGAGCCCAACGGGACGAAUGCUUCGGGGACCUGCGGCGUCAACAGCAGCCAGCUGGUGCUGAGCAACCCCACUGCCACUCUGGUGUUCACCUUUGUCAACGAGACGGCCAAGUUCCGCCUGCACGCCGUCACCGUCAACAUCACGACCGGCUCAGGGCAACAGUUCUAUAGCGAGAACACUAACCUGAGUCUGUGGGUGGCGUCGGUGGGCAGCUCCUACAUGUGCAACAAGGAGCAGAGCUACAACAUCAGCGAGUCCCUCGCCCUCCACACCUUCGACCUGCAUGUGCAGCCCUUCGCCGUCGCCAGCGGGAAAUUCAGCACGGCCGAGGAUUGCACGCUCGAUGAGAGCUUCCUUGUUCCCAUAGCGGUCGGCGUCGCCCUGGUUGUUCUCAUUCUUAUUGUGCUGCUGGCCUAUUUCAUUGGAAGAAAGCGAAACCAAGCCAGUGGCUAUGAGUCUUUCUAAUCCCAUUAUUUCACCCAGUACCACCAGUAUUCAAUGCCGGAUGCCUUUUGCCUAACUGUGUGAAGAAAAAAAGAGAAACGACUUGAUGAGUCUGCAUGUUAACCAUAGAUGAUGCUUCCUAUUGCCUCCGUGUUCAGUGUGUGUCCUUCCUCGAUGUAACGCAGUGUGAACAUUUAAUGUAAUUACAGCCAUUGUAUCCGAUUGUGUUGUUCCGUCGAUUGCCACUUAUCCCACGCGGUUGAACGAGUGCGUGAGUCUAUGUUUGGACUGCUUUCUUGCACCUUCACUGCAGUUUGAAACUCUGUGCCAUGUGAUUCUGUUCACCCCCUCUUUAUUUAAUAUUAUCUGUCUGCUGACUAAAUCAUUAACUCUCUGUCUCUGUCUCUCUCUCUUUCUCUCUUUGUUUGUUUACGUUAGCUGAGGAAUGCUUCCUGGACUCUGAUUUGAGCUUUCUGGUGCCCAUUGCAGUGGGUGUGGCACUCAGCUUUCUAAUCAUCCUUGUGCUUAUCUCUUACCUGAUUGGCCGAAGGAAGAGCCGCACCGGCUACCAGUCAGUAUAGGUGCUCCCCGCACCCCCCCCCCCCCCCCCCCCCCCCCCAGCUUCUGUCUCCCUGGCAACCCUAACACUGCUUCCAAACCCUACUUCCUCUAACAGCAUCUCCUCCCGACCCCUCCCCCAUCUGUCCACCGCUGCCCCUUGUGGAUGGGGGUGCUGUCUGUUUCUCCUCUUAGUUCCUAAUCAGCUGACCUCUGAUAUUUUCCUGUACCCGUGAAAGAGUUUAAAGACCACCCAUCAGAGCUUUUUCUCCUUUUGGCUGCUUUUUCAUUGUCCUGUCCUCCAACAACUUGAUCAAGCACCCAAACAGACUGAUUAUCGUUUAAUUCUUAAUUAAUAGAUUGCAUGUUAUUCAUCUAAUGUUUUGGUAGCUGGCAAUUCCCUUCUCUAGGGUGACCACUCACCCCCCCCCUUUUCAAAAGUAUGUCUCUGUAUUAACUAUGUUAACUAUUCUAUAUGUAUAGAAUGAUUUCUUUGAUUUCAUGACCAAUUCCACACUAUUCUGUAUUGACGUGCUCAUCCAAUAUAACUUCAGACUCGUACUUUCAUUGGUUUGCAGCCCUGCGCCGCGGUUUUAUUUUUGUACUCACAUGUAUCGCUUCUAAUGACUUGCACAUGAUGAAACGCACACUCAAGAGAAAUUGUGCUUUUUGCAUUAAAUGUUCAGGAAGACGUUAACUCAAUGAAAGGGACAGUAACGUAUGAAUACCUUUUAACCAGCGGUGGAAUCUGUGUUGUUUAAAUGUGAUUGAGGCUGGCUUUACUAACUAGUACUAAUGUUAAGGACCUUCUCAGGAAAAGGUCGUCAGAGGAAGGGUUUCUUGGUCCCUUUACUUUGUGCUGAAAUGUUUUGUUUCAUGUUGGUUCACUCAAGUGAAUGUAUAUGAAAAUUAGGUACAUUUUUUUUGUGUAUUUUUUGUAAUACAUUAAUGAUUAAAGGUAGUCAAUUGGAACAACAUUACAUUGGUUUCAGAUCUGGAUUAAGCCUACUCCCCACACUGAUAGAAGAAUUCCAAUCAGACCUGAUUUGCACUUAAAGAAUCACGUUCACUAUCGGUGAUAACUGACUAUAUAACGGCUGCACACAGGCCCAAGCCUCCUUGUAUUUGCACCAUCACAUCCACACAAUUCGUUUUCUGUGCAGUCAUGUACACACUUGGGGCUUCAGUUAAUGAUUAUCCUUGCUGUUCUUGAGUCGUCAUGUUGUUUUCUGCGUGAACUUCAGCCCUAGUACUGGUGACAACCUCCUGGACAGAAUGUGUGCCUUUUGUAAUUAUUUUGAGUGCCCCCUGAGUCUGUCUCCAUGUGAUGAAGAAUGUGGGAAAUCAUACACUGGUUUCGAUUGAAGUGGGAAACAAAUUAAAUAAAGUUGAUCUCAUGUUUUCGA